UGGGAUACACUGUAGUUCUUAAGGAAGGGCUUUGCCUCGCCAGCCGCUGCUCCGCUUUCGGACGACACUUCCCAGGAGUCCUCGCGAAGGCGCGCCGCGAGCCUCCGCAGGCCGUGAUUGGCUGGCGAGCCGGCCGCACGCGGAGGAGCAAAGGAGGCCGCUCUGUUGCGACAGAGGCCAAGCAGCAAGGCCCUGCUCCGUGAAGGAACAGUGACCUAUACCUGUGGCUCAUCACCAUGCCCUCUGACCUGGCCAAGAAGAAGGCAGCCAAAAAGAAGGAAGCUGCUAAAGCUCGACAACGGCCCAGAAAGGGACACGAAGAAAAUGGAGAUGCAGCCACAGAACCACAGGUGGCAGAGGAGAAAAACGAAGAGUCCAAUGGCAGUGAGACCACAGAAUUGGAUUUGCUGACUAAGGAAUUAGAGAACUUUGAAAUGAAGAAAGCUGCUGCUCGAGCUGUCACCGGUGUCCUAGCUUCUCACCCCAACAGUACUGACGUCCACAUUAUCAACCUUUCACUUACCUUUCAUGGUCAAGAGCUGCUCAGUGACACAAAACUGGAAUUAAACUCAGGCAGACGUUAUGGCCUUAUUGGCUUAAAUGGAAUUGGAAAAUCCAUGCUGCUCUCGGCUAUUGGAAAACGGGAGGUGCCCAUCCCCGAGCACAUCGACAUCUACCAUCUGACUCGGGAGAUGCCCCCCAGUGACAAGACACCCUUGCAGUGUGUGAUGGAAGUGGACACAGAGAGGGCCAUGCUGGAGAGGGAGGCUGAGCGACUGGCUCACGAGGAUGCGGAGUGUGAAAAGCUGAUGGAGCUGUAUGAGCGCCUAGAGGAGCUGGACGCUGACAAGGCAGAGAUGAGGGCCUCACGGAUCUUGCAUGGACUGGGCUUCACACCUGCCAUGCAGCGCAAGAAACUAAAAGACUUCAGUGGGGGCUGGAGGAUGAGAGUUGCCCUCGCCAGAGCCCUCUUCAUUCGGCCAUUCAUGUUACUCCUGGACGAGCCCACCAACCACUUGGACCUAGAUGCUUGUGUGUGGUUGGAAGAAGAACUCAAGACUUUUAAGCGUAUCCUGGUCCUCGUCUCUCAUUCCCAGGAUUUUUUGAAUGGUGUCUGUACCAACAUCAUUCACAUGCACAACAAGAAACUGAAGUACUAUACGGGUAAUUAUGACCAGUACGUGAAGACACGACUAGAGCUGGAGGAAAACCAGAUGAAACGUUUUCACUGGGAGCAGGACCAAAUUGCUCACAUGAAGAACUACAUUGCUAGGUUUGGCCAUGGCAGUGCCAAGCUGGCCCGGCAGGCCCAGAGCAAGGAGAAGACACUACAAAAAAUGAUGGCAUCAGGACUGACAGAGCGGGUUGUUAGUGACAAGACACUGUCGUUUUAUUUCCCACCAUGUGGCAAAAUCCCUCCACCAGUCAUUAUGGUUCAGAAUGUGAGCUUCAAGUAUACAAAAGAUGGGCCUUGCAUCUACAACAACCUAGAGUUUGGUAUUGACCUUGACACACGAGUGGCUCUGGUAGGGCCCAAUGGAGCAGGAAAGUCAACACUUUUGAAACUGCUAACUGGAGAGCUACUACCCACAGAUGGAAUGAUCCGAAAACACUCUCAUGUCAAGAUAGGGCGUUACCAUCAGCAUUUACAAGAGCAGCUGGAUUUAGAUCUCUCUCCUUUGGAGUACAUGAUGAAGUGCUACCCAGAGAUCAAGGAGAAGGAAGAAAUGAGGAAGAUCAUUGGGCGAUAUGGUCUCACUGGGAAACAGCAGGUGAGCCCAAUCCGGAACCUCUCUGAUGGGCAGAAGUGCCGUGUGUGCCUGGCCUGGUUGGCCUGGCAGAACCCACACCUGCUCUUCCUGGACGAGCCUACCAACCACUUGGACAUCGAGACCAUCGAUGCCUUGGCUGACGCCAUCAAUGAAUUUGAGGGUGGCAUGAUGCUAGUCAGCCAUGAUUUCAGACUCAUUCAGCAGGUGGCACAGGAAAUUUGGGUCUGUGAGAAGCAGACUAUCACCAAGUGGCCUGGAGACAUCCUGGCCUACAAGGAGCACCUGAAGUCCAAGCUGGUGGACGAGGAACCCCAGCUCACCAAGAGGACCCACAAUGUGUGCACCCCGACAUCAGCAUCUCUUCCAAGGCUAUGAGCAUCAUGAACUCCUUUGUGAACGAUGUGUUUGAGCGGCUGGCAGGAGAAGCCACCCAGCUGGCCCAGUACUCUGGCCACGUCACACUGACCUCCCGGGAAAUGCAGACGGCCGUGCGCCUGCUGUUGCCAGGGGAGCUGUCCAAGCAUGCCAUGUCUGAGGGCACCAAGGCCGUCACCAAGUACAUCAGCGCCAAAUGAGCCAGGCCUGGGCAUAAAUAAAUGGUGAACUG